AAGUACCUAUAAAUAAUUCGAAUUUGAAAGGCUGGUUUUAUUUGGUAACAUUACUCGAUCUCAGACGUACACAAAGUAAAGCCGAAACAAUAUGAGCAACAUAGUCAUUCCGAGUGUUCUACUUUUGUGGUUAAUAAACUUCAGUUUAGUUAUAUGUACGAGUCGGCCGAUAAUUGGAGUACUAGCUCAAGAAUUCUCUGUAGAUGAUGUACUGUAUAAAGAAACAAAAGCUAAUUCGUACAUAGCAGCGUCUUAUGUCAAGGCGAUCGAAAGCUCAGGAGCCAGAGUUGUGCCGAUACUGAUUAACCAAGAUGAUUUUUAUUACAAAUGGAUUAUGAAUUCAAUAAACGGAGUUGUGAUCCCAGGAGGAAAAGCGGCUUUAAAACCAGGGUACCCAUAUUACGAUGCUUCCACCAUUAUUUACAAAUUGGCCAAAAUGAUGAAUGAUAAAGGAAUAUACUUCCCAGUAUACUCGGUGUGUUUGGGAUUCGAGGCAAUGCUGACAAUUUACAACAAUCAUAAAUUACUGCAAAUUCGAUGCGACAUAACCCACGAAAACUACCCCCUUCAAUUUGCUCGGAAAUAUUCCAGCAGUUUGCUAUUUUCAAACAUUCCUCAAGAUGUUUAUUUACACCUCAAGUACCUGCCAUCCACUCAUAAUAAUCACGAAUGGUGUACAACUUUACGUAAUUACACGAGGACAAAUUUACCCAAAGAAUGGAGUAUAACUACGAUGAGUACAAGUUCGAGGGGUCUGAAAUUCAUUGCCAGCAUCGAACACAAAAAGUAUCCGUUUAUUGGAACUCAAUUUCAUCCUGAAAAGGUAUCCUUUGAAUGGGGAUGGGGCGAAGAGUUAAACGUACCUCAUCAUGCUGCUGCCCUUCGAGCUAAUCGUCAUUUUUACGAUGUAUUCGUCAAGUUGUGCAAGUUGAAUAAUAAUAAAUUUAAAACUGAGCACGAAGAGAAGGCUGCUCUUAUUUAUAAUUAUAAACCAGUGUAUCCUAAUAUUAAACCGCUUUUCUUUGCUCAGAUCUAUGUAUUUUAAUAACAAUAAAAUCGAUUUUUUUGCACUUAA